CGCGCGGUGAGGUCACGACGCCAGCCCCUCCCGGCGUCGUUACGCUGACCAGCGGAGCGCAGACGCCGGCGCUGGGAUUCUGGAGACCCGCGGCUCGGGCGGCGCGAGACCAUGGGCGCUCGGCUGAGCGGCGGUCAGGGCGCCCCGGAGCAGGUGCAGCCCCAGCCCCAACCCCAACCCCAACCCCAACCCCAACCCCAGCCCGGGGCGCCCGAGGCCCCUGAGCGGCCCCAGCCUGAACCUGGUCCCUGGGGGCCGCUGGACGAUGUUCGCUUCCUCAUCGCCUGCACCUCCUGGUACUGACAAGCCGCCCUCCGCAGUUACUGCUCGCCGCCAACUGUCGUUCUGUCCGCCUCACCUGGUUCGUCUCUUGUGGUCUCUUUCCAUCCCCGGUGCCCAGGAGACGCUCGGAGAGUCGGGGAGGUCACGGAGGACCAUGAAUGGGGCACCGGCUCGCCUCUUAGCUGCUCC